CCAGGAGCUCGCGACACAGACUGCGCCUGCAGGAGGCCCUGGAGGUAAAAGCCAGAGAUGGACCUGGUGAGACUUGCCCGGCUCUUCUCCAGCCCCCGCCCCCUCGGACUGUCCAUCCUGCAACACCUUGACCCUCUCAGAGCCCGGUGGGCAGGAGGUAGGGAAGGGCCUGCGUGGCUGAAGUCCAUGAGGCUGACUGGGCCAGUACCAGCAGCCUUCAGCAGCUCCCUCGCUCAGCUGCCCCUCAGCCAGGGGAGCCAGAAGAACAUACGCAGCCUCAGCUCUGACCCAAGCCAGCCCAGCCCCAGGGCCACCCAGGAGGAAGAGGAGGAAGAGAGUUUUGGGACUCUCUCCGAUAAAUACUCCUCCCGGAGAAUGUUCCGCAAAUCGACGCCCCAGUUGUAUAACCUACGGCUCAGGGAGCAAGAUGAAGAAGAUGAUGAAAGGGAGCCGGAGCCAAAAUCAUGGCAGGGCCGAAGAAACACCCCUUACUGGUACUUCUUUCAGUGCAAACGCCUGAUCAAGGAAGGAAAGCUGGUUGAGGCCCUGGACCUGUUCGAGAGGCAGAUGCUGAAGGAGGAGCGACUCCAGCCCCUUGAGUGCAACUACACGGUGCUGAUUGGGGGCUGUGGGCGGGCUGGCUACCUGAAGAAGGCUUUCCGGCUCUACAAUGAUAUGAAAAAGCGGGACCUGGAGCCCUCCGAUGCCACCUAUACAGCCCUGUUCAACGUCUGCGCCGAGUCCCCCUGGAAGGACUCCGCUCUGCAGAGUGCCCUAAAGCUACGGCAGCAGCUCCAGGCCAGAAACUUCCAGCUCAACCUGAAAACAUAUCACGCCUUGCUGAAGGUGACAGCCAAGUGUGCAGACCUUAGGAUGUGCCUCGACGUGUUCAAGGAAAUUGUUCAUAAAGGACAUGCGGUCACAGAGGAGACCUUCAGUUACUUGCUCGUGGGCUGCAUCCAGGACAAGAAGACAGGCUUCCGAUAUGCCCUGCAGGUGUGGAGGCAAAUGCUGAGUCUGGGGCUCAAGCCAAGCCGGUAUGGCUACAACCUGCUGUUGGGGGCAGCUCGGGACUGCGGCCUGGGGGACCCAGAAGUAGCCUCAGCGCUGCUCCUGAGACCCAGGGAGGAGAUGCUGCUGCUCCAGCCCCGGGCAGGCGGGCGGCAGGCAAGGAGGAAAGCCCAGGCUGGGAUGGUUGACAGCAUGUCAGCCAAGCUGCACGUGGAGACCCUGGAGAGACAGCUGUUUCUGGAACCUUCUCAGGCACCUGAAAGGCCUCCAGAGCCUCAGGAGGCCAGCGUCCCCAGCAAGGCCCAGCCUGAGAUGGAAACCAAAGUGGAUCCUGAUCACCCUGUGGCCCUUGCCCCUGUGGUCUCAGAGCCGCCUCCCCGGGAGCUGGAGACUAACCUCCUGACCCUGGGGCCGGUCCCCCCGGCCGUGGUCUCCUUUGGGACCGUGACCACCUCAGCAGACAGGCUGGCUUUGAUGGGGGGCCUGGAGGGCUUCCUGGGCAAGAUGGCAGAGCACGGACUCCGGCCUGACAUCAAAACCCUCACGCUUCUGGCUGAGGUGGUAGAUCCCGGCAGCCCCGCAGCAUCCUCACUGCUGACUGUCCUGGACACGUACCAGGUGGAGGCCGAUGUGACCUUCUUCAACACUCUGAUGAGGAGGAAGAGCAAGCUGGGUGAUCUGGAGGGGGCAAAGGCACUGCUGCCAGUCCUGGCAAAGAGGGGAAUUGUCCCUAACAUCCAGACAUUCUGCAAUUUGGCCAUUGGGUGCCAUAGACCACAGGAUGGUCUGCAGUUGCUGGCAGACAUGAAGAAAUCCCAGAUGACCCCCAACACCCACAUCUACAGCACCCUCAUCAAUGCGGCCCUCAAGAAGCUGGACUACACCUAUCUCAUCAACAUCCUGAAGGACAUGAGGCAGAACAGAGUCCCAGUGAAUGAAGUCGUCAUCCGCCAACUGGAGUUUGCAGCCCAGUACCCACCCACCUUUGACCGGUACAAAGGGAAAAACACCUACUUGGAGAAGAUUGAUGGCUUUCGAGCUUAUUAUAAGCAAUGGCUGAAAGUGAUGCCAGCAGAGGAAACCCCCCACCCAUGGCAGAAGUUCCAGACCAAGCCCAAGGGGGACCAAGACACUGUCUCUGAGGCUGAUGUGGACAGAGGCCAUGGGAGCAGCUGAUGAGGAGGCCCAGGAGGAUCUCCAUCCAGCAGAACUGGAACAAAGUGCACAGCCUUCACAGUGCUUUGUGGGAACUUCAGGAGUCCCUUUCAUAUUAAAGACACAUGAACAUGCUGGUGUAGCCUCAAGCAUGAGGACAAGGUCUGGCCAGAGUAAGAAUUGCAGCAUUUUGUAUAAAGAAAUGCUGGGCCCAGGGUGCCUGACAGGAUCCCAGCACGGCUUGGGCCACUUUGGCACAUCAUCUCAGGCCAUCGUCACCUGAGAGGUUGUCAUCCCCAGUGAACUUGAUC